AUGGAGUCGACAAGAUACGGUUUACCAUCCCCAAGAUCACCGACAGAGUCGUCAAAACGUAUCGCUAUUGACACACUGCUCAAUCCAACGAGCAGUGUCAGUGCAUCAGCGUAUAGCCCGCGCUGUGUACCUCGGUCUCUACACGAAUCGGCAACGUAUAUGGACUAUCCAGACCGCCGUGAGAGAUACUCCAGUGGAUCCUCGACUACUAUUAGUAGCACCUGUUCAACGCCUAUAAAAGCAUCAUUUCAGGGCUACAACCAAACCCAUUUUCACCCGAUUCACUAUCUAAACACCGGUUUUGGUUCCUACGAUGGACGACCAGAGCCCACAUCUGCAAUCUCCGACAGCUAUCAUUUCACCCAUCACCAUCACCAUCAUCACCACAGCACAGGGCACAGCAACGUCAACGGCCUUAAUAAGGGCCCUGUAUCACCCACUUCCUCCCCAAGGCCCUACAGAAGGGAACGUUUCCCUUCCGUAUCCAGCGGAACGUCAUCUGCUGCGGUCCCAGAACGCCGUCGACCACCGCGCCCAAAGUACGAUGAAGAAGAGAUGUACUUCAUUUGGUACCAUCGAGUUGACCUAGGCCAGGAGUGGAAACAAUUUCCAAACCGUCAACGGACUGGCUUCCAAGGAAUUCAGUGCAAGUAUUACCGCUUCAUAAAGGAAAAGAACUGCCCCACCUUACGAGAACAGCGGAGAAAGCGGAGUGCAGCAGCAGCUUCCUCCACGGCUGGCGGUGAUACCGGUAGUGACUCUGAAGGCAGAGAGAAAGGUCAAAGCUAUAGCGGGUCCAAUUGCCGUUUCAACGACGAGGGACCAGCCUAUGGAGUGGUUCGCUGGACGGGCACCCGUUUCCCUUGGAUGAAGCAGUAA